GCUUCAGGCACACUAAUGGGGGAGGCUUCCACCUGCAGACUAAGGAGCUGCUAGUGGACCAGGAUGACAACAUCAACAUGAAUAUGCCGCCGUUUGAGACCAAAGUCUUGAUUAUCCAGCGCGCUUGGCGUGACUUUCUCCAAAGACAGGAAGCAGACAAGAGGAGCCCCUCCCCAUCUUCGCUCUCUUCAUCGGACAAGAUGAGCACAUCCAUCAGCAUGGCCACCCUCUCCGACGGCAGCACCCCAGAUUACCGGGAGGAUGGUAUGGACCUGGGGAGUGACGCGUCCAGUCGCUCGAGCUCAGAGUCCAACUCCAACAAAGUUACUCCCUGCUCCCCUUCUCCUGACCUGGCCACACUAGAUGACUACAAAUCAUCCCCUUCUCUGGACCUUGUCACCCUUGAGGACUAUGAGGAGGAUGAGGACUACCAAGAGUACAAGAAGAAGGUGAUGGAGGAGUGGGAGAGCGAGUACGGCGAUAACUGCGCUUCUCCGCAGGUGCCAGGUCAGGAGGAAAUUGGAGGUGGCACAGUGAGGCCCGACGAGGUCAGCGAGGUUUACAGGAAGAGCAGUCGCAGUCUCGCCGAAGAAUUGCAGGAUAUAAAGACUGUUCCACCCCUCUCGGCCCCCAGCAGAUGCACCGCUGCCACCGUCGCUGCGCCUGAGGAACUUAAACAGAACGGGAAUCUCAUUUUGCCUCGAAACAGCCUGCUCAACCCCACUGGUACACAGCAGGGGGGACUCACAGGGACUCCCAAGCCUAGGCAACACAGGUUCAGUCAAGGUAGGGGGGGAGGAGGAGGAGGAGGAGGAGGAGGAGGAGGAGGAGGCAGUGUUGGGACUCUGGGCCGUAUGGGGGGUUACAGAGAAGAGGAGAGUGUAGAAGAAGAGACUCUUCCCACCAUGGACUGGGCAGCCUUGGAGAGGCAUCUGGCAGGGCUUCAGUCCCGAGAGCAGGAGAACCAAAACCUCAAUUACAACCAGAACCACAACGUAGGCAAGACCGGCUACACCUCAGCCCAAAAGAAUGAGAGGGAGUCUAUUCGGCAGAAGUUGGCCCUGGGCAGUUUCUUCGACGAUGGACCGGGCAUCUACACCAGCUGCAGCAAGAGCGGCAAGCCCAGCCUGUCGUCACGGCUGCAGAGCGGCAUGAACCUGCAGAUCUGUUUCGUUAACGACAGCGGCAGCGACAAGGACAGCGAUGCGGACGACAGCAAGACGGAGACCAGUCUGGACACGCCCCUGUCCCCCGUGUCCAAGCAGAGCUCGUCCUACUCGGACCGGGACACCACGGAGGACGACUCCGAGUCCCUGGAGGACAUGGACUUCCUGAGUCGACAGAAGAAGCUCCAGGCAGAGGCCAAGCUGGCGCUGGCCAUGGCAAAGCCCAUGGCCAAGAUGCAGGUGGAGGUGGAGAAACAGAACCGCAAAAAGUCGCCCGUGGUUGACCUGCUCCCACACAUGCCUCACAUCAGCGAAUGUCUCAUGAAAAGAAGCCUGAAGCCCACCGACCUGAGGGACAUGACGCUGGGACAGCUUCAGGUUAUCGUCAACGAUCUGCACUCCCAGAUCGAGAGUCUGAACGAGGAGUUAGUACAGCUGCUAGUGGUUCGAGAUGAGCUCCACAUGGAACAAGAUGCCAUGCUGGUCGACAUCGAGGAUCUCACCAGGCAUGCCGAGAGCCAGCAGAAACAUUUGGCUGAGAAGACCUUAUCCAAAUAAGAUGCAGCCCCCUCCAACCUCCACUGUUCUCCCCGUCUUGCUCCACCUUCGCCACCUACUGCCCAGACCAAACGAAGCCCUCCACCACACCAUCCCCCUCCAUCUUGAUCCAAGUUUGCCCGCUCGUCUCAUCCGCUGCUUACCCGCCUCGCCCACCCGCUUUCCCUUCCCGACCUCCUCAAAUCUCCAGCACGAAGGACCGCUGCCAUCUUUCAUCCGCUUGCGUGGCUUAAUCUUGGGUGGAGCGCGUCCUCCCUCCCCGGGGAAGGAGGAGACCAAAGGGAUUGCGUAUUAUCAUGGAUUCUGUCCCAGCUUCCUGUGCAGUGAUCGGCCUCGCUUCGCUCUCGUUUCCUUACAACUUUCUACAUCCGCCACUAAAUUAUGACUGUCAAAUGCAAAAAUUGUGGGGAAAAAAAAAAGAGUCGAGUCCUAGUGAAAACUUUAGCAGAAAGUCUUUUAAGAUGAAAACAAUGAAAAAAGAAAACAACAUUGUAUUAAAAAGAAGAAAAAAAGAUGGCUAAUUAUCUUCGGAGCAUUUUAAGUUGGACUGUAAAGUAUUUGAACCUGUUUUUAUUCUGCACAAAUGGUAGUUUUCAACUGAGAAAUGUUUAUUUGAAGGUGCUAAGAGUGUCGAGGAAAACAUGCCUGCCUUGUAGUGGAGUCGUAGCUUUUGGUAAAAUACGUUCACUCGAAUUGCUCUUCAACAUUUUGUGAAUGUUGACUUUUUUUUCGGACACAAGUCAUUUUCCAAAAGAAUCGCUGUGUUCAUAUGGUUUUCAUUCUACUGUGUUCAGAAACUUUAUUUGAGGGAAGAAAGAUGUAAAUGUACAGAUAUGUAAAAUAAAGA